AUGCUGGCCCAAAGCAUUGAGGAGGCCGCAAAUGCGCUGCAAAGAUUCAUUGCUGCGAGAGGAGGCUCUAUACGAUCCAGCCAGCUUCAUGAAUUUCGGGAGCGCUACCCCUCACUGGCAAAGGUGAUUUACUCCAAGGGUACAUUACAGCAGUUCUGCCAGCAGCAUGCCACAUUUAUAGUGGAGGAAAGCGCAACAAUGCCUGGAUGUACCAUUCGGCUCAGGUCUGCUCAGCCGCACUUGGCACAACGGCUUUCUCAGGUUGCGGGCUCCGAGGGCGAAGGGUCCAUCAUCGCAGAUCUUGCAAGCUUCGUCCGAGAGAACGGCGGUACAGCUUCAUCAGAGCAAUUCGGGAGUUUUUACAGCAGGUAUCCAUCCCACCGCGCAUCGAUCCCCAACCUUCGAGCAUUCUGCGAGAGAUAUGCCCACCAUUUCAUUGUUUCGCAGGCCUGCAUUGCAGCAGUAGCCAUGAAAUGUCAAAAGUGUUCGACCUUGGUUUUGUAG